GCUGCGUUCCUAAAACCCCUCUCUCGUUCUCUCUUUUUCUUUGCUUCGCGCCGCUGCCGGUCGCCAAAACAGGACCAUGGGCCCAUCGAAUAUCCGAGAUUUAUUAACAACCUUUAGCCCUUCUUUGGACUUCUUUGCUAUCAGUUCUGGAGAUGGACGAAUUAAGAUUUGGGAUACUUUGAAGGGUCAGGUUCAGACUGAAUUUGCAGACAUCAUAUCAACAGACACAACUAAUUUAUGCAGCAAACCUGAAAGAGGGCACCUUUCAGUUGAUUAUACUUGCUUGAAGUGGUUGUCUCUGGACAGCAAGAAAAAAAGGAAGCUUCGAUGUUCAUUAUUAGUGCUAGGAACAGGCAGCGGUGAUGUUUUAGCACUUGAUGUAUCUGCUGGUGAGUUGAAGUGGAGAAUUGGUGACUGCCAUCCUGGGGGUGUUAGCGCUAUUUCAUGUUCUACUGAUGGUUCAUGCAUUUAUGCUGCUGGAGCUGAUGGGAUGAUUUCCAAAAUCGAUUCCAGUGUAGGAAACCUAUUGGGGAAGUUUAGAGCUUCUACAAAGGCAAUAUCAUCCAUGUCUGUUUCGUCAGAUGGGAAGGUAUUGGCAACUGCAGCUGCUCAAUUAAAGAUCUUCAAUUCUUCUGAUCACAAGAAGAUACAGAAGUUUUCUGGUCAUCCUGGAGCUGUUCGCUGUAUGAUCUUUACUGAUGAUGGGGAGUACAUCCUAUCAUCUGCUAUUGGUGAGAGAUAUAUUGCUGUUUGGAGAAUUGAUGGUAGCAAAAAACAGUCAGCCAGCUGUGUUCUUGCAAUGGAGCACCCUGCUGUCUUCCUAGAUAGCAGGUGCAUUGACAAUGGGGAUACAGAUAAGUCAGGCUUAUAUGUCUUGGCUAUUUCUGAAAUUGGUGUUUGUUAUUUUUGGUAUGCAAAGAAUAUGGAGGACUUACGUAAUACAAAGCCCACAAAAGUUUCAGUAUCUCUUGAAGACAACUUCUCUAAGAAUCACAAGGGCUUGCCUACAAUAUUUGCUGCGAAAUUACAAGGUGUUGUCAAACCUGCAUCAGGUGAUGUGUUUGUUGCCUAUGGUUCACUAGUAAAGCCGUCAUUUCAGAAAGUCAUAGUGCAUUCUGGCACAGACAUCAAGAUAAACAUCUCCCAGGAUGGUAUCCUUCUACCAAUGGAUCAGUCUCAUAAAUCUAAGAAAGGGCUUGGUGUGAAAGAUGGAGUUACUGCUUUAGACCGUGCAAAUGCUGAAGAAGCCUUGCUUCCAAUCCCCAAGAUUUUUUAUUUUCAUGACAAAAAUAAAAGAUAUCAAAACUCAAAUAUUGACCCCGAUGAGAUAAUGGCUGAUGAUUUGAUGAAUGUCAGGAGUCAAAAUAAGGCUGUGGAAAGCAAAGUACAUGCAGAUGACUUGGAAUCAGUUGAAGCUUCCAAUGAAACUUCUUGUUUGGAGGAGCAGCUGAGAUCAUUAGGGUUGCUUGAUAACAAAGAUGAUCUUACAUCCAAUUCAAUGCUUAAUUCUACAAAAUUUAAGGGUAUCAGUAUUGAAGAAAAUAUGCCUCCAAAGAAGAUGAGGGCAGCUGUUUCGUCUAUAAUACCUGGCGAUGCAUAUGAGUUGUUGAAAGUCUUGGUGACUAUGUGGCAAUCAAGGUCAUGCAGUGGAAACUAUGUCCUCCCAUGGAUUUAUACUAUAUUAGUGAAUCAUAGUCAACACAUAGUAUCUCUCGAACCAAUGACCCAGCUUCUUGAUUUCUUGCACCAGAGCACCAAAUCUAGAGGGACGGCUGUUCAAUCUUUAUUACAGCUAUCAGGUGGUUUGCAGCUUGUAAUGGCACAGAUUGAUAAGGCUUCCCAAAACAUAAGUCAAAUACAACAUGGUCACCAGGUGGAUGAAAGUGAAGAUGAAGAUGAAGAUGAAGAAGUUGAAGAUGUUCUUUAUGGAGAAGAAGAUGAUGAAUCCCAGAUAAGUAGUGAUAAUGAUGACUAACUGUAUCUUACUGCAGAAGGUAUUAAUUCUUUGUCAAGUCAAUAUCCCUUUGCCUUUUUUAUUACUAGGCAUGGGCUCUUGAGUCAUUAGCACUUGAAAAAUACUUGAUGGAGAUUAUCUGAAGCUGUACAAUAUUGUAAGGCCCUGUGUAGACAGGGGGAAUGAGAGGAUAGGAAUGCUAGUUGGAAUUGGGAAUCAAGGAAUUGGAAUGGGUGACUGCUGUUCCAUUACUUCCAUACUUGGAUGCAGAUGGAGUCAGGUGGAAUCAGAAUCAUUAAUGGAAAUUGCUGAAAUGUAUGGAGCUUGGCAGAAUUUUUGUCAGAUAUGCAGUUACCUGCCAAGUCAUUAAAAAACAUGGCACCCGACUACCUUUUCUGACAGUUUAAGAUUUAGCAAGUUGUAGAAUUCUUUUGGUGUUAGAGUUUUUUCUGUUGUAAAAAGAAAUAUUUAUGCAUUUGAGGUACAUUCAGAUUUUGAAUUAGUUUGAGUUAAAGAAUAGAAGUUUUCUUCUUUUAUUAC